GCACACCGGCAAGUGAGAUUGAACAGACUGGGAAAGAAGUGACUAAUCAAAUUACUUGAAAGCAGUUCCAAGACGUAUACAAUUGAAUUUAUGUCCAAGAAAAUUGUGAAUGUCAGCUAAUGUGCUUAAGAGAUGACAUCAAAUCUACAACAAGUUUUAUCAGGGAUGCAGUCUGCACAGUGGUACGACCACUUUCGGGGUGCUCUGUACCCUUUGAAUUUAGAAUUGUGUCGCUCCAGUACACAGAAAACCCCUGAGGUGAAAUCCUUGCUGCAGAUUGCCGCUGACUAUAUCGUGCAGGAUUCAACAUCAACUAUGACAGCAGUGAAUAUACUUCCACAAGAGUUAUGUACAGUUUUAAUGCAGCAGGCUUUAGAAGGAAAUCGAGACAGAGCUGUUGAUGUCCUUCUCACAAAGUGGCCACUUCAGACACUAAGUCUGAAGAAGUUUGCUCCAGAAAUUUUUACCAAAUUGGGUGUGUUACAUGAUCAUGCAGAGCUGACAAGAGUUGCCAAGCAAGGACUUAGAUACACUACAUGUGUGGCUCAUAAUUUUCUGGAGACGUUGAAAAAGAAGUGCAAAACAAAGUUGAAGUUUGUAGACUUAACAGGAUAUCCAACAGCUGAGGUGAUUUCAUACUAUCUAGCCACCCACUGUAUGUUAGCUCACAAUGAAGCCAGACAAAAUCUAAUGAUCAAGAAAUAUGAAGAAGCGAUAAAACUUUUACCAGAAGAAGAAGCUCAUGACAAACUAGAGAGAUUUACUACAGACCAGUCAUUGCCAGAUGACUAUUUUGCUGUGAAGUUGGACUUGUUUGUUUCCUCUGAGCCAGCCUUGUAUGAAGUUUGCAAGGCUCUGAAAGUGUCUGGUUUCAGAGAGAGUACAUUAAGGUUGAUAGUAGAUAAACUCGAUGCAACCUGUCUUGGUCAGCCAAAAGUGGCAAUUCUUCUAGAACAAGUUAGCGCAGAGCAUCUAUAUGGACUGAGACUGAAAUACAACUCCCUCAGUUCAGUGGAUUUUAUAAGACUUUGUCCACUGAUAUCCCAGUUUACACACAUCACUUCCCUUGAUCUGUCAUGCAACACGAUCAACAUAUUCCAGAAUGACACAGCUUGUGAUGAAAUGGCAAAACUGUUCACUUGCCUGAAAAACCUUGUGAGACUUGACCUCAGUAACAACAGGAUCAAAUCCAAAUUACGGCGAGUUUUGUCAGCUGUGGAAAAGCCGUUGCAGUUCUUGAAAUUGGUAGGGUGUGGUUUAGCUUUGACUGAUAUGACUUAUUUAGCAAUGUCACACCACACAUCAGGUAUACAGGAACUUGAUAUCAGUGAAAAUGGACUUGGUUUGAGCUUCGGAACAGUGCUACAUCUCUUACGGAACAUAAAGUCACAUAUCUGUGUCCUUGAACUGGAGGAUGUGUCACUGUCUGACAGUCAGAUGGAGCCCCUGAAUAUCUCUCUGAAAUUGUUGACAUCUCUUAUGUAUUUGAAUAUAUCAGGGAACUCUGUAUUGUUGGAGAAACUUUGUGAUUUAGGUGUGGCUGUAGCUGGUCUGAAGGAUUUGCAGUAUAUUUGUAUGUCAUACCCGAGGGAUUGUUAUCUGCCGGACUCGGAUGAUGAGCAGGACCGGCUGAAGAGGGAGUUUGGUGCUAACUUCGGUGAUGUGAUUUUUCAGGAGCAAGCGAGACUAGGUAUCACACACAGAGUUCCAACAAUAGUCUUGUCUGAACUGGACCAAGAUAUGGAUCAACUGUGAUUAUGUUUUCUGUGAUGUUACAGUGUGAUUGCUGUGUUAACUUACUCGCUAAUUAAAAACAUGAAAAGUUUGUCUUAGUUGAAUGGACUAUUAUGUGAAAUCUGCCUAACAAACUGUACACAGUACUGUAGUUUUACUAUGUUACAAGAUGAUAAGUGAUCUCACAAACGAUUCUGUAAUUGUUUAUUACAUUCAUAGCUUUGAAGAAACAUGGUAGCUUCUUACAUCCAUAGCUUCUAAGAAACAUCAUAGCUUCUUACAUUCAUAGCUUCUAAGAAACAUCAUAGCUUCUUACAUUCAUAGCUUCUAAGAAACAUUGCAGCUUCUUACAUUCAUAGCUUCUAAGAAACAUUGUAUCUUCUUACAUUCAUAGCUUCUAAGAAACAUCAUAGCUUCUUACAUUCAUAGC